CAGCAGCUGGAAAACCUUGGAGGGGCCCUGUGCUCCAGCUGGGAAGUUGCCUCAUCCUCCCCCGCUGGCACUCCACCAAGUACCUCCCACUUCUGCCUGCUCGGGUCUCCCCAGCUCUGCCCACCACUUUCCACUGCCGGUCCCUGAGGAGAGCAGGUGGGUGUCCAGAGGCAUGGAGACAGUGGACUGCGGGGAGGCAGCCCCCAGGGCUCCCCAGCCCGCCAGCAUCCAGGUGCACUUCCACCACGAGUCGGGUCUGGCCAAGCUCCUGCUAGGCGGGUGCUCCCUGCUGCAGCCCCUCCUCCUGCCCAGGCCCCGCGCCACCUCCCGGACCCUGGGCCGCCACCGGCUGCUGGCGACCUCCUGGGUGAUGCAGAUCGUGCUGGGGCUGCUGAGCGGGGUCCUGGGAGGAUUCCUCUACAUCUUCUCCUCCACCACCCUGCGGAACUCGGGAGCUCCCAUCUGGACGGGGGCUGUGGCUGUGCUGGCUGGAGCUGUCGCCUUCAUUUAUGAGAAACGAGGUGGCAUCUACUGGGCCCUGCUGAGGACCCUGCUCGCCCUGGCAGCCUUCUCCACGGCCACUGCCGCCACCAUAAUCGGGGCUGGAAGAUUCUAUGAGUACCACUUUAUUUUCUAUAAGGGCAUCUGUAAUGUCUCCCCCUCCUGGAGGCCCACCGGGGCCCCCACCCUGAGCCCAGACCUCGGGAGGCUGCAAGAGUGCACCGCCUACGUGAACAUGCUGAAGGCCCUGUUCAUAAGCAUCAAUGCCAUGUUGUUAGGGGUCUGGGUUCUACUGCUUCUGGCAUCUCUGCUGCCCCUGUGUCUGUGCUGCUGGAGAAGAUACAGACGUAAGGAGAAAAGAGACCUUCCCUUGGAAGAAACUGUCAGGAGUGAGUGAGAUCCAGCCCUGCCUCUCCAGAGGACUCAUGCCUGGAGCUUCCGCCUGGACUGGGUGUCCGAGCAUCUGCCUCGUGAGAGAAAAGCCAGGCCAGGAAGAGAGGCUCUGUCUGCCCCAGUGAUCCUCCCUCAUGGCCACAGCCGCCGCCUGCUCCACCGUCUCAGCUGCUCUUGCCUAUUUCCGGCUCACCUUCACCACCUGCCUGCCUCAUGCCCCUCUUGAGCACUGAUGAUAAUAAACUCCCGUGUUGUUGCUCCCA